CGUUCACUAGCGACGCCGAGUUUACUUUUCGCGCCUGAAGAAGACAUUCCAGUGUUUUCAUGUUCGUCCCGAGUUCUGCAGUUUUAGAAGCGGGGUUGUAAUUUGAAGACAUUGAAGGUUUUUUAAAAAUAUAAACCUACAGUUUGGAAAUAGGUAGUGAAAACAAGGAACAAUCGUCAAUACAAAGAGACUUUGGCGCUGUGUCAGCUUUACGGCGGAUUUUUAUUAAGAUCAGCGUUUUAAAUGAUUAAGAAUAUGCGUCGUAUAAAAUUCAAUCUGCAGAAUACGUCGACACCUGUAUCUCUCCUGCUUGAACUGUUCAGAUAGAAACGGAGUUAGCAGAGGAAUUAUUUUAUCUGCAAUGUGACUAAAAACCCAAGGUUCUUUUUUCUAUGCAAAACAUUUAUGUUGGCUGAUCAAAAGGAAUAAGGAAUUUCACAUUCGUUCUCACAUAUGCGGAUAGCUCUUUUUUUGCUGGAGAAAAGCCAUGGAUGACAAAGAGAAAAAGGUCCUGAUUCGACUCCGCACAGAGCUGGCCAGCGGCAUCAUUGUCACUGACGAGUUUCUAGACCGACUCGUACAAGACGGUGUCUUAACACAGGGAAUGGUGGAGGAGAGAGUCAAGGAGUCCGUGAGCGACCGCGAGAAGAUGACCACUGUCCUAGACAUGCUGCCCAGACGGGGACCCUCAGCGUUCCAGGACCUGGUCAGGGUGUUAGAGGAGGACUACAGCUGGCUGGCCAAGAGGAUGAAGGAGGUCCUGAAGGAGGAGGAGAAUAACGCCAAACUUGGACGAGGACACGGAGUUGCCCGAGUACAUGUAGAUCAUGAUAUCCGUGAUGACGUCAACAACUUCAUCCACAAGCAACUCGGAGAGAACAAAAAAGUCCCCCUGUCGAAUAAGAAAAGUAUCGAAAACGCUCUGGCAGCCAAAAUCCACCGCGAGCGCACGUACUGGAGGGACCAGCUGGGGGACUACGAGACCUCCUUGGAGCGCCACCAGUUCAAGGUGCCAAACAUUAACCUGAAACUGAAACGUCUUUGUGCCAACUUCAUGCGGGCGGACAGCGGUGGAAAGGCAAAGAAUCUCUCGGAAAUGGACGAUUUGGAAGAGCUGGAGUAUCACGUGGAGAAACUGGGAUUUGAAUUAGAGUGGUAUCAAGAGACGCAUAGAGACUGCUAUAUCACUCUCAACGAGGUCCCCUCGUGUGGCAAACCUAUAGUUGAGGUGAUCAGAGAGGCCAUACAGAUGCAAGAGAAGCGUCUUGCCGAGAAUGUUAAACGGCACGAAUUGCGCGAAGAACAAUUUGCCAUGAAAAUAAAAGACCAAUCAACUCAGAUAAAUGAGCUGAGGGAUCAGAACUUUGCUCUCAGACGACGUCUUGACGAGGCCAUUACGGAGAAAAACAAUACCGAAUGUCAGCUAGAAGACAUCGUGGAGGAACAACGUGAGAAAGACUUGAAGCACGAAAAGGAGCUUGAGGAGUUACAACAGCAGCUUAGCGAGCUGCAAGAGAAGACCGCCCCCCAGAAACCGCAGCGUUCACGUAACCCUUCUAUCGGCUCUAACCACGGUAUCGGGAUAAAUGUCCGAGGACUCGCGGGUCGCACAGGGAAUGCCCCGGCGUCUCGCACUCACAGUAACAGAAAGUGGCUCCCGAAUAACCAUGGUGACAAAAAUCUUUAUGCAAAUCUCAGAAAGUCACUUGACAGAAUUAAUCGACAGCAAUGACUGUAAGAUUUUUAAAAUCUCUUAUUACAUAUGUAUGUCCAAGUGCAUACCAGUCUGGUUGCGUUUCCUACAGAUAUCCAGAUAACGUGUAUAUAAACGGUGCAGUUUGUCUAUUGAUAUACACAAGCUGAUAUGAUAUCUGUUCACUUAACUGAGAGCAACAAUAUAACAGUUAAUCGUAAUUUUGAUAUUGAGAAAAUAAUUUACUUUGGCCAAGGAUUAGACUGCUAGUGUGGUCAUUACAGUCUUAAACAACUGUCAUUUCUAACUUAAGCCUGAAACGCGCCAGGUGCCGCAUUUAAGCGAAUCACUUCUGAUUUAACACUUGAGAAAAAAAA